ACGCCCCUCUUUUCCUGGCGCCUGCGAAUGGCGGUGGUGUUUUGGCCCGCCGGUGGAGCCGUAGCUACAGUCUCCUCGGGCGUUCGCAGCCGGAAAACCGGCUGUCCAGGAUCCCGGACCGAGGUCCACAAUGUCGGAGCAGGAGGCUAGGCAGAGCGGAGGUUCCCCGGAGGCCAGCGGGGUGACUGUAAGCGACAUUCAGGCGCUGAUACGGCGCAAGGAGGAGAUCGAGGCGCAGAUCAAAGCCAAUUAUGACGUGCUGGAGAGCCAAAAAGGCGUGGGGAUGAACGAGCCGCUAGUGGACUGCGAGGGCUACCCCCGGUCAGAUGUGGACCUGUACCAAGUCCGAACAGCAAGGCACAACAUCGUCUGCUUGCAGAACGAUCACAAGGCAGUGAUGAAGCAGGUGGAGGAGGCCCUGCACCAGCUGCAUGCCCGAGACAAGGAGAAGCAGGCCCAGGACCUGGCUGAGGCCCACAGGGAGGCCCUGAGCCUUGGCCUGGGCCAGAGCCAGGGCCUCAGCCUCCCUCAGGCCUUCGCCAAAGUGAACAGCAUCAGCCCCGGCUCCCCCGCCAGCAUCGCGGGUCUGCAAGUGGAUGACGAGAUUGUGGAGUUUGGCUCUGUAAAUACCCAAAACUUCCAGUCACUGCAGAAUAUUGGCAGCGUGGUCCAGCACAGUGAGGGGAAGCCCCUGAAUGUGACAGUGAUCCGAAGAGGGGAGAAACACCAGCUUAGACUCGUCCCAACACGCUGGGCAGGAAAAGGAUUGCUGGGCUGCAACAUUAUUCCUUUGCAAAGAUGAUUGUCCCUGGGGAACAGAAACAGGAAAGCAUCUUCCGUUGCCCAGACUUGGUCUAGUGGGCAUUUCCUCCUCUUCUUCUUUCCCUGAAGCUUAAGGAUCUGGAAGAGACUGGAAGCCUGAACUAGGUGGUGGAAAUGCUGUGGCCUCCCAAUGAAACCUCUCAGGAUUAAGGCAUUGUUAAAAACUUGAUUUGUAUUUAGCAUCUUUUGCAAAUCAGGCCAUGCCCCUAAAUAAGAGUCCUCUGGAUUGUGAGCAAGUGGGCUGGAGUUAUCCUGGCAGGUGCUGAUAUGAUUUUAUUCUUAUAGAAAUUUUGGUUUUUUUUCUCAAAUAAACACCAUUUUACAGUACUGAUAUGACCAUGUUAUCACCUCAGCUGAAUUGUCUUUGGACCUCUCAAGUCAAAGCUCAGAUGAAAGUUAGGUUAUCUUCAUAGCAAGUUGGGCAGAACAAACCAACAGUUGUGCUAAAGUCAGGAUUUGACCAACGACAUCUCAGAAACACCAUCCUUUAGGGAAUGGGAUUUCCAGACAGGCUGCACUGUGUCUGAGUUUGCAUUGUACCAUUGCUACUCUGGAUACAGAUAUUGCAUCCUCAGCAGUUGGGCUUCCAGGGUCACAACUGCUCCCUUUAAUAAUAGGGAAAGCUAGGAGUUCCCAUGUGGCUUAGUGGGUUAAGCAUCUGGUGUUGUCACUUCUGUGGCUUGAGUCAUUGCUGUGGCCAAAAAAAAAAAAAAAAAAAAAAAAAAAAAAAAAAAAAAAAAUUAAAAAAAGAAUAGAGAGGAGUUCCCAUUGUGGCGCAGUAGAAACGAAUACAACUAGGAUCUAUGAGGUUUCGGGUUCGAUCCCUGGCCUCGCUCAGUUGGUCAAGGAUCCGGCAUUGCUGUGAGCUGUGGUGCAGGUCACAGACGUGGCUCAGAUCUGAUGUUGCUGUGGCCGUGGUGUAGGCCAGCAGUUGUAUCUCUAAUUGGACCCCUAGCCUAGGAACCUUCAUAUGUCACAGGUGCUGCCCUAAAAAGCACACGCACACGCACACGCACACACACACCAGGAUGCACCCCUGGUAGCCCAGGACGGUGUUAGCUUCUUCUUCUGUAACCCACCAGAGGGCAGCAAACUCCUUCCACUUCUGGAAUAAAAGACCAGGCAAGUUUGCUUCUAAUUUGACUUUCUGUACUUGAACCUCCUUGGCCACACUCAGCACUGUUUUGUAGACUGCUGAGGUCCAUUGACACUGCUGAUGGGAACCAGCAGUGCAUGCUGACCUGUAUUCUUGAAAACUCUUAAUUCCUCCUUCCUUUUAUUUUCUCUCUUUAACGCGGCAAAAUGAGUUUCCGUGAUUCCUAGUGACACCCUGUCUUACUUUCUCUCUGCACUGUAUCACAGUGUUUAUUUCCACAGUUCUUGGAGAUCACUUUCUGUUUUCAGGGGGCAUCUGACCUAUUCUGCUGAGGCAUGCCUGGGUUCCCUGUGACUGGAUUUGCUUGGGUUGGACACAGAUACCAGCUUGCCCUGACAGGAGUCAGUACUGGGCUGUACUAGCUGUGGGUACUCAUGCCCAACUGGAAAGCCUUCCUGUUGAGUGUAUUCCUCCCAGCUGUGUACUCCAGUCAAACAUCCAUGUCUAUACCCCCUUUGUAGCCAUAGAUGUGCUGUGUUGACCAAUGUUUGCUGUUUAAAUUGUUCUAAUUCCAAGUGUUUUCAAACCGAUUUUUCUAAGCCCUAGACUAUAAUAAACACAACUUGUCGCAUCCAGUAA